AUGAUUCUAGAUCUCUUCCUUCAGCACCCAUGGGCGUAUCUGACAGCUGCGCUCGUCGGACUCCUUGUGACAAAGCUCCUGCUCAACAAGUACGGCAAUGGAUUGAACGGGAUCCCCGGGCCAGCUUUGGCGGCUUUCACAGAUCUCUGGCGCUUUCUCGAUGUUUACCGAAGGCGACCAGAGGUGACGCAGAUCGCUCUACAUGAAAAGUACGGCAGCGUCGUGAGACUCGGACCCAACACGGUAUCGAUCGCAGAUCCAGCUGCUAUCCAGACAAUAUACGCUCAUAACUCGGGAUAUACCAAGUCAGAUUUCUACCCGGUGCAGCAGACCAUCAACAAGAGCGGCAAGAGACUCAUCACGCUCUUCACCUCACAAGAUGAAAAGUUCCACUCGCAACUUCGACGAUCCGUAUCGAAUGCUUAUGCUAUAAGUACCCUCGUUCAGUUCGAGCCAUUCGUCGACUCUACAACCACCGAGCUCUUCAAACAACUUGACCAGCGAUAUGCAAACCAAAACGACGUCCUUGACUUUGGAACAUGGCUACAGUACUAUGCUUUCGACGUCAUUGGCGAAUUAACGUACUCGAAACGGCUAGGUUUCGUGGACCAUGGAAAAGACGUGGAUAACAUCAUUGGAAAUCUUGAAUGGUUGCUCAACUAUGCAGCACCUGUCGGACAACUACCGAUCCUUGAUAGCUUACUCCUCAAGAACCCGCUGAGACUGCAGCUUACGAAAUGGGGCUUUACCAAUUCAUCCUCUCCGGUUGCGAUAUUCGCACGCAACCGAAUGCUCGCCCGCGUCGAUCCCGAGAAGCUCGGCGACAUGAAGUUCGACCAAGACAACGGUCGUCGAGACUUUCUCUCGCGCUUCCUCGAAGCCAAUCAGAAAGACCCAGAGUUCAUGAACAACGAUAGAGUGCUCGCUCUGACCGUAGCAAAUAUGUUUGCAGGCUCUGACACGACGGCGAUUACUUUCCGAGCUAUCUUUUAUUAUCUGAUGAAGAACCCGGAUGACAUGAAGACUCUGAUGGCUGAGCUUGCGGAGGAAGAAAAGGCCGACCACUUCGCCCGCGAAGAUGGUCUUGUCAGUUGGAACGAAGUUCGAGACCUUCCUUUCCUCAACGCUGUUGUUAAAGAAGCUCUUCGAUGCCAUCCCGCUGCAGGUCUCAUGCUAGAGCGUAUUGUGCCUGCGCGAGGUCUUGAAGUCGACGGUCAUCAUAUCCCAAGCGGUACAAUUGUGGGAGUCAACGCUUGGGUUCUACAUCGCAAUAAGGAUAUCUUCGGUCACGAUGCAGAUCGAUGGAGACCGUCGAGAUGGAUUGAAGCUUCGACUGAGCAAAAGAGACGCAUGGAGAAUUAUAUGUUUGCAUUCGGUGCAGGCUCGAGGACUUGUAUUGGAAAGAAUAUCAGUUUGCUCGAGAUGUACAAGAUGGUCCCAGCGUUCCUGAGACGAUACGAGCUUGAGUUCCCAUCGGCGGAUAACACUUGGCAUCUGAACAACGCAUGGUUCGUGAAGCAGAGUAACUUUAAUGUCCGGCUCAGGCGAAAGCAUAAAAUAUCAUUCCUCCCAGACGAGAGACAAGAUUGA